UGAGACACAUAAUGGAAAACAAGUUAGCUAUAGCGAGGUUUGGUGUCAAAGUCGAGGAUAUGACAUGUGAAUAACAUAAUCAGCAGAGGCAGUUCUCACUAGCUGGUUAGCUAGCAUAGCCACUUCGCUAAAUUUUGCAGCAGCUAACGUUACAAGGUAUCUGGUCUAUGCCUCUCGGAUGUUAGCCGAACGCACAACGUCAGCUGUCCGGCAGAUUAAUCAAGAUGACUAUGUAAUGUUACUGAGAAAUCCCGGAGAAGUAAUCCUGAAAUCUAUUUGAACAUUGUGCUUACGAAUGCCUGAGACUAGAACUAGGGAGGGAUGGAAUCAAAGAAAGAUAACCAAGAGCCAGACUACACCAAGAUCACUGCUGUGCUGCUGAAAUCAAGGACUGGAGAAUUCGAUGUGGAAUCCAUUCUGUUUCUCAAACUGAAAAGUCUUGGAAUAUGUGAUCUGGGAUGCAUCGGAGAAUGUAUAAACCUGGAGAGGCUCGAUCUGUCUGGAAAUAAUAUCACAAAUUUAGCUCCUCUGGCGUCACUUCGACUUCUUCUUGUUCUUAAUGUGUCUGCAAAUCGAAUUUCCAAUAUAGAACCCCUCUCCAGCUGUGAAAGUUUACAGAGUCUUAAUGUGGCUGGUAACCUUAUACCCAGUACUGAAAACCUCCUAUGCCUUAAGUCUCUAAAAAAGCUGGAGAGUAUUCGACUGAAGGAUAACACUUAUAAUUACUCCAAUCCAGUCUGCAAAAACUCACCAUACCGGAAUAUACUCUUGGAAAUGUUUCCAAACAUCAAAGUGCUUGAUGGCGAAAGAGUGGUUGGCCGUGGAAGUGACUUAUAUCAACUAUGCAAAGAUAUCGAUGACACCAUUAAAGCCGGUAUGUAUAAAAAUGGGCAACUGCCAGAAAGACCUGACUGCAAUCCUUGGGUGGAUGAUGGGUUUUGGGAAAUAAAAAGAUCAAACAGCGCUAUAGUUGAAGAGGCCUACAAGCAGUUUAAUGAUGUUCUCCAUGAAUGCAGGCUUCUAAACAACAGAGCAGCUGCCGUCAUCUCUCAGACUGAGAGGACUUUAGGUGGGAAAAAUCAACCAAAGCAGUAUGCGGUUUGAUACAAGAAAUUCACCUCAUAGCAAACUUUUUAUUUAUUUGUUGAUUUCUUUACUUAUUUACCUUACGCAAUGUUCCUUGUCAAAGCUUUAUGAAGUAACCAUGUUUGUUUUUCUACUGAAAAGCUUUUCUGAUAAGAUGUAGCGCCUGUGCUAAAUGUCUUAAACCCGACGUGUUGCCUGUUACAAGAGUUUAGUUUAAGACGCUUCUUCUGAGUGUUAACAGCAAGCCAUGGUGAAGAACUAAGUCUGUUUGUCUCUGUGAACCCUUGAUCAAAGUCAUCUCAGGAUGCUUCAAACUCAUUUGCACUCACAACACAAUAUUGUAUGAAAACCACAAUGCUUUAAUUAAUGCUGCUAUUUGGAUAAACUGGGAAUUUGUUAAGCAUUUUCUAACAUUCUUUUCUUCAGAAUAUUUUUUAUUAAAGCUGUCCCAUUGUC